CAGAACUGCCAGGAUAAGCAUGAAGAGGACAUCCUUAAGAGUUCCCCCUUUGGCUUUGUUAUAAAACAGUUCCAAGGGAAGAGGUCUUCUGGAAAAAGAAAAGAGCAGCCUUCAGCCAUCAAACAAUUCCUCAGGGGCUUUGACUUUGGGAAAUCUGAAGGCAAGGACAAAAAGGAAAUUGAAGAAACAGAAAUAAACAACUCUGGAGCUGAUGAUCAGAGAGAAAAGGAAGAUCUCUCUGUAGCAGAUGGACUUUCACAUCUCACUACUGAAGCAGAGUCACCAUCUGGUGAGCAAAGAUUUAACCAGUUCAUGCAAAAACUGGGAAAGAAACCCAACAGCAAGAAUCUGGAUCUGAAUAACUGUGCAUUAAGUGCAGCAGAUGUAACAGAGCUGGCUUCUUUACUGCCAUUUCUCCCAGAGCUGAAAGAGAUCAGCCUGUCCUGGAACAGUCAUGUUGGCGGGACUCUGAAAGUUCUUGCUGUUCAUUUUCAUCAUCUGAACCUGUUAAAAGUCCUUCGACUUAACAACUGCAGGCUGACAGCUGAGGAUGUCAUCUCCUUAGGAGAGGCAUUUGAAAUUAUUUCUCAACUGGAGGAACUGGAUUUAUCAUGGAAUAGUAACAUAGGUGGAAAACUGUCACUCUUGACAAAAAAACUCCAGAAAGGAUGCAAGUUAAAACUGCUGAAACUUAUGGACUGUAACCUGACAGCAAAGGAUGGAGAAUCCCUUGCUGAAUUUCUAAACGUGAUCCCAAACCUCGAAAUAUUAGAUCUUUCUAUCAACAAACACAUCGGCUGCAGCAUGAAGGUUAUCGCUGAGGAUCUGAGAAAAGUGCCAGGCUUGAAAGAGUUAAACUUGCACAUGUGUGGAUUAAAGCAAGACAGCCUCCAGGGCUUAGACGCUGCUUUACAGCACCUUGCAGAGCUAAGAAAAUUAGACAUAUCGUGUAACAAAGAGGUUGGUGGUGGCUUUAAAGACUCAACAGCUCAUUUAGCCAGCUUGAAAAAUCUUGAAGUCCUUGAUCUCCACCAGUGCUGUGUAACAGAAGAGGACGUGACCAUUUUGUCCCAGGUGAUACCUUUACUCUCCAGUCUUCAAGAGCUGAAUUUAUCCUCAAAUAAAAAUGUAGGAGUCUCAUCUGAUCCUCUUCUGAGCAGGCUCAGGUUUUUACCAAAGUUGAAGUCUGUGGCCAUCAGCAAUUGUGGUUUAAGUGAAAAGUCAUUUUCAUCACUAGCUGAGGCUGCCCUUCACCUUCCUGAACUGGAGAUAUUAGACCUUUCUUGGAAUAAGUGCGUUGGUGGAAACCUAAAGCUGCUUUUGGGAGCACUAAAGCUUGCAACGGAGAUUCAAGUGUUAAGACUGAGCAGCUGCAACUUGGUGGCUGAAGAUUUGGCACUUCUAACACUAGUGACGCAGGACGGCCAUCUAGCCAGAUUGCAGAAGCUGGAUUUGAGUUAUAACAACAUCUCUGAUGAAGGGUGGGUUGUUUUCUGUCAAGGUUUAACAGUAUUCAAAGAACUCUCGGAGCUGGACAUCAGCCUUCGCCCAUCGUCCUGCCGUAACUGCGGGACGUGGUUCAGCGAGUUGUUAGCAGCACUGACCAAGUUGCCAGCCUUGGCCGAGCUGGGGAUGCAAAGAUGGGUCCUCUCAGAAUUGCAGCGGGAACAAGUGGAAAGCUUUAACCGAGACAACAAAAGAAACAUUCGUUUUGACUGCUGAGGGAGGUUGAAGGUUUUUGGAAGACCUUUCACAAAC